GAUCUACAGUCUCGAAGUACUUUGAAUUAUACGGGUUCUAUCUCUGUUAUGCUGCAAGAAUUAGAUGGAGCUUUCAUGCACACCUUUAAAUUGGAAGAAGGUCGUACUUCACGUGAUUUGCCAUGCCAUUCAAAGAGUAGGAAACAUCGCAAAAAGAAGAUUCCUCUUGCGAAUGGAGAUGAAAUUGAUAUGGACCUUUCUCGAAUUGAUCCAGAGUCUCCUUUAUUGUGGCUUCGUCUUGAUCCCGAUUUAGCUGUUAUUCGAAAUAUCCACACUGAGCAGACUGAUUUUAUGUGGCAUCUUCAGUUAUCCUAUGAUCGCGAUUGCCUCGGCCAAUUAGAGGCAGUUUGUGCACUUGCCGAUUUUCCCUCUACUGAAACACGGCUUGCGCUCUCUAGCAUUAUAGCAAACGAAAAAACUUUUUAUCGUGUGAGGAUGGAGGCCUGCUUUAUUAUUUGCCGUGUCGUGAACGAAAUGCUUCCUAUGGCCAACCUAGGAGUAGGUUGUGGUAGUGGAACCGGUAUUCAAAUAGGUUCUUCAGAAUUGUUAUGA